AAUUGUGGCAAACUUCAGUUCUAUGACCUGUCAGAAGUGUUGAGACACAUGUGCUAAUAUUUUUAUACAAUUUUAUAGUUUUCUUUUCUAGAUAUUAUUAAGCCAAACAGCCAAAAUGCCUAAAAAGAAGUUUAUUGACAAGAAAAACUCAGUGUCCUUCCAUUUAGUGCACAGAAGUCAGCAGGAUCCCUUGACAGCAGAUGAGAAUGCUCCACAACGAGUGCUGUUACCUGUUAAUGAUCAAUCAAAAGCAAAACAACCUGAAAAAAGAAAAGAAGAACAACAAAAAUUUGGAGUGUUCUUUGAUGAUGAUUACAAUUAUCUGCAACAUUUGCGUACAGUUGAUCGCACAGCAGAAUGGGUUGAAAUUGAAAAGCCUGAAAACCAAAAACCGAAAGCUCCAGAGACCUCCAAGUUAAAUCUUCCCAGUUCUGUAUUUGCUUCCACUGUUGAAGAGGAUGUAGGCUUAUUGAAUAAGGCAGCCCCAGAGUCUGGUCUGAGAUUGGACUUGGAUCCAGACAUUGUAGCUGCCAUGGACGAGGAUUUUGAUUUUGAUGAUCCAGAUAACGAAUUGGAGGAUGACUUUAUGGAUCUUGCAAACGCGGACGGUUCGGGCAGCGAAUAUUACGAUGAUGAGGAUGGUGAAGUCAGUUCGAAUUUCUCGGAUGAGGAGAUGGAUGAGGUUGGUUCGAUGGAUGGACCGCAGUUUACUUUUAAAGAUGAAGAAACAAAGUCCAGAUUCACCGAAUACUCUAUGACCAGUUCGGUGAUGAGACGCAAUGAGCAACUGACACUGCUCGAUAAUAAGUUUGAAAAGAUGUUUGCUGGUUACGAUGAGAACGAAAUUGGCGCUUUGGACUGUGACGAAAUCGAAGGAUAUGUACCAGAAAACGAUGAUAUUCUUCUGCAAUAUGCGGAUGAGUUCCAGAAUCUAAACCGCAAGGAACAACUGGAUAAGGAAAAAGUCUUGACUAGAACGUUGGAGGCGCUGGAUAAAGAAGACGAUGACGAUCUGGAACUUGUUGAUAUCGUUAUGCCACCUAAAGAGAAAUGGGAUUGCGAAAGUAUCCUGAGUACUUACUCCAACAUAUACAAUCACCCGAAAUUGAUAUCCGAACCAAGGAAGAUCAGAAUUAAUCCAAGAACUGGUAUUCCCAUCGAUGUACUCGAUUCGAACAAGUUAACAGCGAAAGCUCUGUCUAAAUUGAAUCAAGAGAAUGAGGGUUUCAACAGUAGAGGACCGACAUCGGUUGCGGCACAAUCGAUUAUCUCGACAUUAUCCACAUUAUCAAUUAGACCUAAAGGUGAGAACGCAGAGGAGCGAAAGGAACGCAAAAAACUGUUGAAAGAUUAUAGAAGAGAACGCAGAAUAGAGAAAAAGGUAAAUACGGAAGCAUUCAAGGAAGAGGCGAAGCGUCAAGUUAAAAUUAAUAUUAAUAAUAAAAAUAAUGUACAAGGCAAUCGAAUACUUUAAAUAACAACAAUGUAUUUAUAGAUCAUUAA